CGCCAUCGUAAUCAUUUCCAUCCUGCACUUAUUUUCACUUUCACAACAGGGACACGAACCUAAAUCUGUUUAGGUUCUGUAUUGUGGAUUUGUGAAUCGAGACAUCAAAACCAAAACCAAAACUUCAAAAUGGUGACCGCCCAGAAGCGAUUGGCCGCCAGCAUCAAGCGCUGCGGCGUUAACAAGAUCUGGCUGGACCCCAAUGAGAUGACCGAGAUCAAGGCCGCCAACUCCCGCUUGGCAAUCCGCAAGCUGAUCAAGGAUGGUCUCAUCAUUCGCAAGCCGCAGACCAUUCACUCCCGGGACCGCGUCCGUAUUGAACUGUUGUUUUCGGCUGAUUUGGAUUUAGAUUUGGAUUUAGACAAUUUUGAGUUCUUGAAUGCAGCAACAUCAUCGACAAAGUGAGCUGAGCUGGCUUGGUAUGCAUGAGAGAUUCACUUCAACUUGUUGAAUAUACGGUCGUUCAUCUUUAAAACGAUUCCUCCCCGCAGGUAAAAACUUGGCUGCCAAGCGCAAGGGACGUCACACCGGAACCGGAAAGCGCAAGGGUACCAAGGACGCCCGUAUGCCGCAGAAGGUUUUGUGGAUGCGCCGCCAGCGCGUCUUGCGUCGUCUGUUGAAGAAGUACCGUGAGGCCAAGAAGAUCGACAAGCACCAGUACCACAAGUUCUACCUCAAGUGCAAGGGUACAGAAUUAUUUCGAUUCCUUUUUUUGUUGCAAAAAGUUCUUUCUUUGAGAAGCGGAGAUUUUGACCCACGUGAGUUGUGAUGCACUAGGUUGCAUGACAAUCGGUUCUUCGCAUGUAAUCUCAGCAUGACAACCUUACAACACUAUCUAAACAGGUAACGUGUACAAGAACAAGCGCGUCCUGAUUGAGUUCAUCCACAAGGACAAGGCGGAGUACAUGAAGAAGAAGGCCCUGAUCGAACAGCAGGAGGCUAAGAAGACCAAGGCCCGCGCCACCCGUGAGCGCAAGGCCGUCGCCAAGGAGGCCAAGAUCGCCGAGGAAAAGGCCAAGAACAAGUAAAUCUGAGGUCUCAACAAGCGGAACUUGCUUCGGUUUUUGAGUGAAGAAGAGGGUCAUGUGGAGAUUAUUGACGUUUGUCCGGAGCUGCGAUAGUGUAGUUCUGGCUUGUCAGCAACUUCACGAUGUCUGAUUUCGAAUCUUCUGACUGAGAAAGAUAAACCAUUUUGAUGUGGUUCGAACGUGAACAACCUGGUACAGUCUCAAUUCACAAUCCAUAGAACAAAUA